GGAGGUCGCAGUCCCCACCCUAAAGCCCACAUCUCCGUCCCUCCCCCGGAGCUUAUAUAAGCUAGCACAGCCAACAGUUUGUCUUUGGGUGAAGCCUUUUUUCUCCUCUCUUGUUGAUGGUGAGGUUCUGUGAAAGAAGGAUGAAGUUUUUUGUAGCUGUUACUGUCAUUGUGGGAUCACUGAUUUUUCUCGGUUUCCCGAAUGGCUCAUCGGCUGACGAGAAGAAGAAAGGCCCCAAAGUUACUGCAAAGGUGUACUUUGACAUCAGAAUUGGAGACGAAGAUGUGGGAAGGGUCGUCAUUGGUGUCUUUGGGAAAACUGUUCCCAAAACCGUUGACAACUUUGUCGCCCUGGCAACCGGAGAAAAAGGAUUUGGUUACAAGGGCAGUAAAUUCCACAGAGUCAUCAAACAGUUUAUGAUCCAGGGUGGAGACUUCACCCGAGGAGAUGGCACUGGAGGCAAGAGCAUCUAUGGAGACCGUUUCCCUGAUGAGAACUUCAAGCUGAAGCACUACGGCCCUGGCUGGCUCAGCAUGGCCAAUGCUGGCAAAGACACCAACGGCUCCCAGUUCUUCAUCACCACGGUCCAAACUCCAUGGUUGGACGGCAAACACGUCGUCUUCGGAAAAAUUCUGGAGGGCAUGGAUGUAGUCACAAAAAUUGAGAACACGAAGACAGACGGGCGCGACAAACCUCUCAAAGACGUCACCAUCCACGACUGUGGCAAAAUCGAGGUGGAGAAGCCUUUCGCAGUGGCAAAGGAGUAGAGCGCAACUCGUUGGAACAGCGGGGAAUCGUACUGGGGCAGGAUGUUGGAGGAAUGGUGCAGGCUACUUUGUUUUAUCAGUAAUAACACUGCAGUCCGAGAGGAAACGGAGCACAUUCUGCAAUGGGGCACCAGAAACCGCAUUAAUGCAAUCAUGGGUCUGGGUCCAUUUUACCAACAAACAUUCCAAGGUGCACUUAACUGUUCAUUGUUGGUAUUUUGUAAAAAAAAAUGAAACAAAAUGGGAAAUAAAGGUUUCAGAUUUUGUUAAA